AUGGCAGAAACAAAACCACCCAAGAACGAGCACAAACGAAAGCAACAGCUUAUCUCCAUCCCGUUCGCAUGGGAAGAAAAACCGGGCACGCCCAAAAAGGACUGGAAACCCACCCCACGUCCAGUCAGCACCAAUCCCUGUCCGCCACCUGUCAAGCUUGUCGUCUCUGUCCCUUUCGGUUGGGAAGAAAAGCCCGGCACACCCCUCCAAUCCUACACUUUUCCAAAACACCCUUCACAAAAUGAUUGCAAAGGAGCUAAUGAAUUAUCAGACUCAGAGUCCUCAGAAGCAUGCAGUUUCAAAACGAGUGUAUCGUUCGGGUCCGAACAGUCCCUCAUAGCUGGUGUCAGCGUAACACCGCCAGCCAAUGUACACGCGACACCUGUCCCUGUUCAGCAAACUCCAUUUCAGGAGAAUGGAGCUUCUUUCUUGGAGUGGCUUUUUCCUCUGCUGGUGCCGAGUUCGAGUUUUUCGAAUAAAGAUGGGCUACUGGAAAUGGAUAGUAGUAAAGAGGUCCUCCCUAGUGAGAGAAAUUCCAGUCAAGUGAGAAGGCCCCUGCUGACACUUGGAGAGCUGAUAGUGAUGAGCCGGAGAAGAAGUUGCCAGAGGAAAGUCAACAGAAUGCGUAAACAGCCAUCUAUGGACUUUGUAAGGAGGAACACCUGGGGCUGCUUCGCCUGGAAGAAACCAUUGCAACUAAAGCUUAUGUAA